AUGUCGCCUCGUCGUCGGGAACGAAAUGUAUCGGAUCUGAAUGCAACCAAUAAGGGGAAGGAAGCAAAUACGAGUUCUUUCGAAGUACUCCGAGCAGCGGCACAUCAAUUAAUAGAUGACCUCGCGCAGAACCCUGCGGGUCGUCAACAUAACAAUAGUGAAGGAGGAUGCACUUUUGAGCAAUUUAAUCGUACCCAUCCCCCCACUUUUGAUAGGAGAAGCGAUUUCAGUGCAGCUGAGGAUUGGAUUCAGGACAUCGAAGAGAUAUUCAGUGUUUUGGAGUGCACUGAUCAACAGAAAGUUCGAUUUGCAGCUUUUAAAUUGAUUGGAGAAGCGAAGAGAUGGUGGAACUCUGAGAAGGCCAUUAGAGAAGCUGAUGGAACUGGAGUAGUAAGCUGGCCUCACUUUAAGCAAAACUUCUUCGACCGCUUCUUUCCAAAAGCAGACUGGGAAGCUAGAGCCCAGGAGUAUACUAACUUAGUACAAGGGACCAUGACGGUUUGCCAAUAUGCUGCAAAAUUUGCGAAAUUAUCACGCUUCGCCUCAUAUCUGAUUCCAGAUGAAGAGAAGAAGGCCAGGAAGUUUGAAGAAGGUCUGAAUUAUAAGAUAUAUGAACGGGUAAUGCUUCUUCAGAUUCAAAGUUUUUCAAAGUUAGUGCAUAAGGCAAUGUUAGUUGAGCAAAAUAUUAAAAGAGGUAUGGAAUUACAAGAACAGAGAAAGAGGGCUAGUCCACCAAGAUCCUCGAGUAUGGACCAAGGACCAUGGAAGAAGAGAAACGAGGGGAAUGGUUCAAGACACGUACAAGGAAAUCAAUCUAUUAACCCCUGCAAAUUUUGUAGUAACAUACACUUUGGAGAGUGCAAAAAGGAAAUAGGAGCAUGUUUUCGAUGCGGAAAGAAUAGACAUUUUAUCAAAGAUUGCCCUUUACUUCUAUUGGACAACAAGAAACCUAACCCACCUCCAGGUUCCCAACAGACGAAUCAGGGAAAUAAUCAACGAAGGAUGGGAACGGCCCUAGUGUUCGCAUUAACAUCUGAAGAUGCGGAGAACGACACCAAUGCGAUCACAGGUACCCCACUUUUCUUUUCCUUGAAAGCUUUAUGUCUUAACCGAGUUGGGUUUAAUCUUGCUUACAUGGAACGUUUCUAG